AUGUUCAAAGUUCCAGUGGGAUUAGCCAGUAGGACAAGGGAGCUUAUGAACAGCGUUACGCUCAAUAGUCUCAAUAAUGGAAAGGGUUUCAAUAUGUACUUGCCAGGAAUAUUAAGGGCUUUUCCUAAACCAGUGCCUUCGGCGAUUACAUCUCCCGCAAUUCCAAAAUAUCGAGGAGAAAGUUUCCAGUUUCGUAAGCUUUCAUGCAUUUCUUCUAAUUAUUGUUCUACCACUCACCAAUUUCUAUCCAGUCUGAAAAGCUCGACAUCCAGGUUGGUUGGUAAAAGAGCCUUCCAUUCGUCACGACGUGCAGAAAUAAAGUUUAUAUUUUCUUCGAAGUCACCAAAGAACGGUAACAAGCCGUUUGUGAAAGUAUAUAAAGUCUCCCCAUUUUUUAUCAUAUUUGCAACUGCAAGUAUCUUCACAUUCAUUCUAACAUCAACGAUAGUCGUUAUUCCCUUAAUUUUUCACUUUUUUUUUCCCCUUCUUAUUAUGUUCUUUUUUUUUAAACAAUUCAAAAAAUGGCAGAAAAAUAUCUUUUACAAAGAUGUCUUGACCUCCUUACCGAAAACAAAAUUGAAAAUAACAUUACCCACCAUGAGAUCAUUACAAUUACAACCUAUGGUUCAGAGUUGGAAAGAGAUAUCUUCCAGGAUGGGAAUUCCAAACGAGUUUGCCAAAGGUUUGAAUGUUGAUUUAGUAAAGCAAGAAGAAACCAGAAAGCAGUUUCUAAGUUUCCUGCAGAAAAGAGUGUUGGAGUCCUUCACCAAGAACGAACUGGGAAUAAGAUCCUACUUUUUAGGAGACAGCGUCGAGAAAUGGAUCAAAGAAUCCUAUGACUUGGAACUCGAUAUUGAUAAUUGCCGAAGUGAACUCAGAAAAUUCCAAACUUUCAUAUUUUCCAGUGUUCGAUACAAGUUGUAUUUAGACUCAAUGAAAAAUUUACCGCUAAACCCUUCAAAAAAACUCGAGGGCAAGAAGCAUAUUGCAGACGUAUAUGUCAUUAUUUUAGACGAAUCCUUUCCUGCAAUAAUGUUCAAUGGCGGAGCUUAUUCGAAGGCUGAUUUUUUCAAGAUAUUACAAGAAAGUGAAACCUCUAACAGCAGCAAAACCCUUAACACAAUUAUUGCCAUCAAAAGUGUAAAUACGCUACUAUCAAAACACUUUGUUAUCACAACAAAUGGUGAUUCUGGAGAAUUCUUUUCAAAAUAUAACAUUUCAAAAAUAAACGACAAAAACACUGAAUACACCCUAAAAGAGUAA